AGAGAGAAGCCGAGCACGCUCGCGCACUCCCAUCUCCCGUUUUAUUGUAAACAUGGCUGCGACGUUAACGGCUGAAUCCGAGCGCUUACAAACAUAAACUAUUCAUUCAGCAGCAACUGGAGAAAAGGAGCAGUAAGAUGAAGUGUCUCAGUGGUAUCGCAUCGAGUCUGAUCUGAAAGGAAAGAAGAAUAAAAAGACGAAGAUGACCACGAAUUGCACAACAUUGACCUAAAACACUGGACUCUCUGCAAGGCAAAAAGUUUUAGCUGUGUGAAGUUUGACAGCCACUUGUUUAGCAUCAGAGCUAACUUAGCUUAGCAUAGUUUAGCUUAGCAUAGCCUAGCUAGCUAACUAGUCAAGCUAGCAGUAUGUUAAAGUAGAUAUUUAGCUGUAUUUAGGUGAGUAAACAAGACCUUUGGAGUCAGUCGUGUUAAUAAAAUUGUGUAACUCGUAAUAGUCUAAAGAGUUGUAGCUAUUAUUGACAUCAGCACUGUGGAUUUACUUUUAUUGUCAUUUUUUAUCAUUGUUAUUUAAAUGAAUGAAUGAAUGCAUAACAAUAGUCUUUUAUCCUGGGAGGUGGGAUUUGGUGUAAUAAAUAAUUACAUCAUUAUCCCAGAGUAGGAGCUUAUCAGGGAAAUGCAAUGGUCUGAUCCAGUUUUUCAAACUCAUCCAUCGUUUGUUUCACUAAAAAUACAUCAACAUCAGCUCUGCUUUGGAUACCAAAAGUUUGUGUGUCAAGAAACAUGUUUUCUCCAAAACCUCCCAAGCCGACAUUUACUUCCUAUCUUUCUCCACUUCAGACUGAUGCGAAGAAAUAUCUUCCGGUGUCCACCAAGAAACUCGAAGCCAGGCUAUUACCAGGGGAGAUUGUGGUAAACGAGGCAAACUUCGUGCGGAAGUGCAUCGGGGCCGACAGCAGUCAAGAUGACCUGUGGGGAAAGCUCAUCUGCACCAACUUCAAGGUGUCCUUUAUUACCCAUGAUACCUUGCCACAACAGAGGUUCCAGUGUGUCCAUCGCCUCUUGGGAGAACAUGAUGUCCCGCUGACAUGUGUGGAGCAGGUUGUGACUGUGAAUGAUGCGAAGGGUAAGCAGAAGAUUUUGGGCUGCAAUAAGAAGCUAAAAUUUAAUCCCACCGAGUUAAUCUUGUACUGCAAGGAUUUCCGGAUCGUCCGCUUCCGCUUCGACGAAGCUGGACCCGAGACUGCCAAGAAGGUUUGCCUUGCUAUUGCACACUACUCUCACCCAGCCGACAGUCAGCUAUUGUUUGGGUUCGAGUAUGUUGGUACAUGCUACUCCUCAGGUAAGAAGGUGAAUGGAGUGGACUCAGGGAAGGCGAUGCAGACAGCCAUGUUUGAUUGCUCUUCUGACUGGGACAGAGAAAUCAAACGCACCAGUGCCUCAGAAUGGAGGGUGUGCUCCAUUAAUGAGGAGUAUCUGGUCUCUCCCAGUCUCUCAGAGUUCUUUGUAGUACCGUCCUCCUUGGCAGAUCAGGACCUGAAGCAGUAUGCCUGUUACUUUAAAGCUCAACGUCUCCCGUUAUGGUGCUGGAAUCACCCCAGUGGGAGUGCCCUGGUUCGUAUGUCCAACAUCACUGAUCCCCAGCAGCAGAGGAAGCUAGAUCAAAGGAUUUGCAGCGCAGUAAUCAAAAGCCACCCGAUGCGCAGCAACGUCCUAAAGACAGAUUUGGACAAGAGCCUGCCGAGCAUCCAGGAAAUUCAGUCUGCAUUAGUGAAGCUGCGGCAGACCUGUGUGAUCGAACCCUUUGAGGAGUCUGAGGAAAAAUGGCUGUCGUCCAUGGAAAGUUCACGUUGGAUGGAAUACGUCAGGGCAUUUUUGAGGCAUGCAGUGGAGGUCAUUUACAUGCUGGAUGGGAAACAAUCCUCUGUCAUUCUGCAAGAAGAAGAGGACCGGGAUUUGAGUUGCAUCAUUGCGUCUCUGGUGCAGCUCAUGUGUGACCCUCAUUGUCGGAGUCUGGCAGGUUUUCAGGGCCUGGUGCAGAAGGAGUGGGUGAUGGCUGGCCAUCGCUUCCUCGAUCGCUGCAAUCAUUUGAAGAAGAACGAUAAAGAGGAGUCUCCUCUGUUUCUGCUGUUCCUGAACUGUGUAUGGCAGUUAAUGGAGCAGUACCCAGCAGCCUUCGAGUUCACAGAGAUGUACCUCACGGUGCUGAGCGACAGCAUGUGGAUCCCUGUUUUCAGUACUUUCCUUUUCAACUGCCCACGACAAAGGGCUGAACACAGCAGGGAUUUUGCUGUGAGUAAGAGUAUAUCCCUGGGACAUGACAAAGUUUUGCAGUUCCCCCCUGUGUGGGACUGGUCACAGCAAUUCAGCCUGAAAGAUCAGGCUCUCUUUAACAAUCCUCUGUACGUGGGCAAGAGCGCCCCCUGUGUGCACAACGGCACGGUACGGACGUUCACACACAAACGUAGCAAGAGAAACUACAGUUCCACGCUGCGAGGUCUGCCUUCAGAUCUGAAGAAUGGCGGGCUGGCUGUGCUCGAUACUCUACCACGCCGUAAUUCUCUGAUGCCCCGACUCCGUACAGAGAUCGCUCAGGUGAAUGAAAAGCAAGAGAGCCCUGCUGAACGCUUCCUGCAGGACUGUCUUUCUCGGCCAGCUGACCUGCAGGGCUUGCUUCUGCCACAGCUCCUGCCUUCCCAUCUGCCCCUAUGGAAGCUCUACUUUCUACGCUGGGUGCCUGAGGCCCGCAUCCCUAACGGUGGCCCCAUCACCACCUUCCACAAGCUCUCUGUGCUGGUGGAUGAGAUCGAAAUUCUACAGAAUCAGUUGAGGCAAUACACAGGAGGGGCGACUCCAGCACGCAGUCCCAAGAGCCCCCAGGGUGAAUCCAGCAAAAUGUAUUUCAAGGCAGGAUUGUCUCCAAGUGAGUCCCCUGCUCCCCCUGAGUACCUCAGCUCCUCGUUCCCCUUCUCCCCCAUGGGCAAUCUGUGUCGCCGCAACAUCCUGGGUACGCCGCUCAGUAAAUUCCUCAAUGGGGCCAGAAUUUGGAUGUCCACCGAGACACUGGCCAAUGAGAACCUCUGAAAACCUGAAACCCGUUUCGAGGCCUUCAUGCAGCGAUUGGUGAAGCAUCAUCAUGCAUGACUGCAAGCCUUUUGAAUGUUCUCCCCUAUUCACACUGGUCCAUCUGAAAUUGUUAGUUUGAGCCAAAUGGCAACACCAGAAUAUUUGUGGUUAAGUCGUGAUGGUGUGUAUUUGGCAGUAGACAAAGAAAGGUCAUAGCUAACACUGAACGAGGCUGUGUCGUUAAGAUUCUUUUAUUUCUGUUCCGGUGUGAUUUUACUGAAGCACUUAGUCUGAGAUCUAGUCUGUUCUAGUCAGUAGGCAUGACCCGACCGUAACGGCCCAAAUCUUUACGCUUUAUUAUAUUAUUAUUGCAGUUUGUGUAAUGAUGCGUUAUUGGAAGAUGCUCUGUUCUGUCUACCCUUAAACUAUCAUCUAAUGAAUAUUGCAUUAGGGUGUAUAAAUCGGUACAUGCCUAUUGUCCAGAAUUUAUCCGCUUGUCUCGAGUGUGGUGUUUGUUUUUCUUUUCGUAAAACAUCAUUAAGAAUACACAUAUUCUUUCACACUUUCUGCCAGUACUGAUUCAUUUCAUGUUUUAUUUGAGGAGUUAUGGCAUUAGGAUAAAUGAUGAAAGUAGGACUUUAAGUUAAGCCUGUGGUAGAAAAAAAAUCUUUUAACACUUUAUUUUAGUAUGUAUAGUUAUAUAGAUUUUGCAAGAUGCCUUCUGGAAAGGUUUAAUUGCAGGUAGCUUUUAUUAAAAUAGUGAAUCGUGUGGAUAAUGUCAGGGAUUGUCCACAAUAACCCCCAGAAUGCAGGUGACAACUGUGCACUCGCAGUGAUAUCUAACACACAAAGGCUGGUCCUCGUCUGUUAGAUCCCUCGCCCAACAGAAGCACAGGAUAGCUGCACUGGGUAACUGACUACUGCUCCAACCAAUCAGCUGGUUGAACUGGUACAGCAGUCCGAGAGUGCACCGUAUCCCAGUAGGCACAUAGUGAAUUAGUUUUAGAUCAGUAAGACAUGUCGUAAAGGUAGGUUUGAGGCUUUAUCGGGGAAAAACAGCACUUGUUACCUCCUUUUUUUUAACUGGACAUUCAUUCUCUUUUAUUUGAGCUAUAACCUUUUAUAAAGACGUGAGUUUAUUAGAUGUCGAUCAGGAUCUGGGACCGGGGUGGACGAUACGUUGGUAUAAAUAUCAUCACAAUAAAUUGUCAUGUGUCUAAUUGUUAUUACUCACACUAGCAAUUAGUGUAUUGGAUAUUAAUGUAAUUUUCCACUACUUUUUCCUUUCUAAAAACUUGCUGUUGAAUAGCAAAGGUUUAUUUUAUUUUUUUGUUUGACCUACUAAUUUGUUGACGGUUAGUGAAGCAAUCCUGUUGUAAGAACGCCUUACUGACGUACUGCCCGCCCUUAUUUUGUGAACUUGUAUUUGGAUGGAAUUUUAUUUUUUACUUAUUGUCGAAAAUACGGUACAUUUUUUUCACCCAUUAAUCCUUAAUAAUAAUUUUGUGAUUAGUUUACCACUAUUGCAGUGCACUCGAAGUUGUUGACCACAAUAAUGACUUGAUCUUAAGUUUCACUAAACAGUGCUGAUAUUUAUUCAGAUAUGCAAAGAAGCUGAACCAGGGUUAAAUACUCGAAUCCUGUGUGCCUUUUUAAAACUGUGGCCUUGCUCUCCAGUGGAUGUUUUUUUUUUCUCUCUCUCUCUCAGGCUGCAACAUGCCGGCACUGCCUCCGUUAUCAGUGGCUAAACUCAACAUAAUUCCAAAGCUGUGUGUAUUCAUGUUUAGAGUUGUGUUAUGUUAUGUGUAAGCUAUGAGGCAGCCAACCGGGAUCCUGUACUAAUAUAAAAGGGCUCUGAUGAACUCCUUUGACUGAGCCACUCAGCAAGACAUGAUGCUUCUGAUUUGUUUCCUUUGUGAAUUAAAAUUUGGUUGACACUUCAA